UGAUUGCACAGCGCCCUGUAUUAGCAUUUAUGACUCGUCCCACAGCAGCCAACUUCUGUUUUGGUCUCUGAGUUGUAGAGAGCAGUCGCGGGCAGAGCACGAAGCUGACGUGGUUUCCUCCUCGCGCUCCUUUUUAAUGUCUUCAGUCUGGUUCAAGAAGCAUUUUCUGAAAAGCGGAUCCUCAACAAACCCAGGGAACACCGAGUCCCUCGGGCGGGGGGCGGAGCAGCAGCUGCCAGCUGCCUCCCUGUACAGGCGGCCCAAGUUCCUGCGCGGAGUCUGCUCCGGGGAGAGGCUUCCGGGCAGGCGGCCUAUUUACUGCCCCCCUCGGGACAGGCCGCUGCAGUGGGGGACGGGCUACGCGGAAGUCAUCAAUGCAGAGAAAUCGGAGUUCAAUGAGGACCAGGCGACAUGCUGUCAGAUAUCUGUCAGGAGGAGGGACAUAGGCACUGAGGAGGAGCAGGACUGGUUGAUUCUUUGCUCCAAUCAGUAUCUGAUUGGUUAUUACUGGGCCCUGUUUGAUGGCCACGGUGGCCCAGAUGCAGCAAUAAUCGCCUCCAACUACUUGCAUUACUGCAUCAAGCAGAAGUUGGAGGAGGUGGUGGAAGGCAUCACUGAAGCUCAGCCCCCCAUGCAUCUGAGUGGCUGCUGCAUUUGUCCCAGCGACCCCCAGUUCGUGGAGGAAAAGCAAAUCCAGCAGGAAGAUGUGGUCAUUGGAGCACUGGAGAACGCCUUCCAGGAAUGUGAUGAAGUGAUUGGUCAAGAGAUGGAAGCUACCAAUCAGUCAGGCGGCUGCACUGCUCUGGCUGCCCUCUACCUACAGGGAAAGCUCUAUGUGGCUAAUGCUGGGGACAGCAGGGCAAUCCUUGUUCAGAAACAGAGCGUCGUGCCCCUGAGCAGUGAGUUCACCCCAGAGACAGAGCGGCAGCGAAUCCAGCAGCUGGCCUUUCUCUGCCCCAAGCUCCUGGCAGACGAGUUCACCCGGUUUGAGUUUCCUAGGAGACUGAAAGGCAAUGACGUAGGCCAGAAGAUCCUGUACCGGGAUUACUCCAUGGCUGGCUGGUAUAUGGCCAGGAAGCCCAGUCUUGGUGCACCAGCAGGAUGCAGAUGGGGAUACAAGACAGUGGAGAAAGCUGACCUCAAGUACCCUCUUAUCCAUGGCCAUGGGAAGCAGACGCGCUUGCUGGGGACCCUGGCUGUGUCGCGAGGGCUGGGGGAUCAUCAGCUGAAAGUUAUUGACACAGACAUUGAAGUUAAGCCAUUCCUCUCCUGCAUCCCCCAGGUGAAAGUGUUUGACUUUGCUUCACGUAACAUUAAAGAUGAUGAUGUCCUUGUCCUGGCAACUGAUGGCCUUUGGGACAUUCUGUCCAAUGAAGAGGUGGCUCAGUCUGUCAGGAGCUUUCUUGACGAAAACAGAACAGACCCAUACAGGUUUUCAGAACUAGCCAGGUACCUCGUGCACACAGCAAGGGGGAAGAAGAAUGGCCAUCACUGGAUUUUGGAUGACAACAGCCCAGCAUCCUACGAUGAUAUCUCUGUGUUUGUGAUCCCACUAUACAACAGAGAUGAGGACUGUUAGUGUUGCGAGAUAUGAGAGAGAGAGAUUCAUAUAUCCAUGUAAUGUUAUAGGUCUUUGAGGCCUGGUAUUAAUGACACGUGCUUGACAGGAAUGCAUGCAUUUCAAGUUAGCAACCGAAGCAAGGUGAAGGUCUAUUAGAACUCUAUGCAAAAACAAUCUUAUGUUCCAAGAAAAAUACGGAAAGUCAUCAAAAAAAAACAAAACAACAGAUAUAAAAUUGUAUAAGAAGUGGAGGAAAUUCAAACGCCUUGAAUUAUGGCAGCCUGCCCAAGAUUCUCUUUGGAAUUGUGCGGGUAGAAGGCUUAGUAAACAAAGGCAAAGAACAAUGACACAACAGAAUGGACUAUAAGUGGAUUUCUGCAGAUCAGAGUAAUUUAUUGAUCCAGAGAGUUCAGUAUGGAUAGAGAUGUGGUUUUGCCAGCUCCCCGCAUCUUAUGAUUUUAUCCUGACGGACGGAAACUUGACUAACGCUUGGGCCCAUUCUGACCUUUGCUCUCUGGUAUAGUAUGUUUGGGGUGUGAAUGUGGAGUGAGUAAAGAUUUGUUUUGUAAUCAAAGAGCAUUAUAUACCAACUCUGUGUCUGGUAUCUGCUUGCUCCCCAUCCUGUAGGGAGACUUCUGUUGCGGGUCUAACAUUAGCAUCAUACAGAAGCUCUACAACUCUUGCAUAAUAGGGUUUUAUGAGUUAGUAGCACUAAAGGAGACAGGUGUACUUCAAAGAACACUGUAUGCACACUUACUAGGCAGAGGAAGAGUUACUGUAUAAACCAGGUACUGGAACUGUGCCAGCUUGAGGGGAAGAGAACUUUCCUUUUGCUCUCCCCACUGCCAAAACAAAACUGAUACUGGCCCAACUCUACCAUUUCUGGCACUCUACUUCUGUUACACAUCCCCUCAUUCCCUUCCAACCUCACGAGAAUGGACAAGGUCUGAGGGGUAGUACUGGAUAUCCAAGAACAUCAAUUGUCCUUUUCUGAGGCUAACCCAAUGUAUGAUUUAACUACACCACAGCAGGGUCAAGCUAAAAUGGGGAUUGGCUCACUGAGAAACACCAAUGAACAGGGUGAUAAUUACCACAGCCUUUGAAAGAAGUUAGAAACAGUUAAAAACUUGCCCUUAAGAUGAAUCAUUGAAAAAUAGUAAGACAUCUCCAAAGGAGAAACAACCAGCUUAUGGUGCCACCAAUUUCUUGACUGUACCUGUAUUUAACCCUUUCCAGAGAAGCCAGUCAGUUACUAGAGUUGCUUUUGUUCUUUAAUUCACAUGGAUUCUUUCUUUUAAGCACAGUUCUCACAGCUUGUCUACAGUUGAAACACUACAGCUGGGCCACUAGUGCUUCAGAGUAGAAUCUCCCCCCCUUGGCACAGGAUGGGUAGAGAACUCGUAACUUUUAUUUCUGUAAAUCGGAGGCUCAAGCAGACUACAGCAGCUGAGUGUUUUUUUGUGAAGGUUUGUAUACAUUACAGUCCCUCAUAGAAUGCAGCAGUUGGCUAGAGCCACGUUCAUGCCUCAUGUAUCAGGCAUUGCUGGAGUUUGGGAUUUACAGUUCACUGGAAGAGCAGGGGAAGCUGCUGGGAAGGACUGUAGUGCUAAGUGUGGGAACUAUGCAUAUCUGAGGCAUCCAAGUGCUGAAGCAACAGCAUCAAGGUCCUUCAUAUCCGUAGAGUGCCUCCACAGCCAAUGCCAUUUUAAAUAGAAGAUGCUGUUUGGUAAAGGAGCCCUGAAUAAUCCAAUACAACAAAAUAAACUUCAAAGAUGUACAAGAAGCUCCUUGUAUAAAAAGACAUACAUUCUUCAUGUAUAUAAGACAAUUUGAAUGGUAUAUUUUGCAAUUUAAUGUACAUAAUUGCUAUAAUAAAAAUUAUCUAUAUGCAAGUCCAUAACACUUGCUUAAAACAAAGAGCAUUGUUCAUGAAACCCAGGCCUGUAUAACCUCAGGGCCUUGAGCUUUCAUCAGAUGCAAGUGGCUCAGCUGGUUCACUUAAUGCAUAGAUUGAAAAACCUCAAGAGAAGAGUCAGGCUGCUUGAAGUAGAGCUGAUGAUUGAAGUGGUGGUAUGUUGUCACUGAAUCAAUGCAGAGACCAAUUCCCCAGGAUGGUGGGAAGACAGACUAUGGUGCUGAAAGUACUAUCUUUCAGAGGUGACAAAACUGCUUUUGUAGGCUCUACAUCUAGGAUUCAGCUCAGAUUUGGGCAACUAUUUGUCUUGCUGAAUUCCCUGAGCUCUUUUAGGAUUAUCUAGCCUAAAUGUCUGCAUACUCUUAAAUAAAUGGUGCAUUUCACAACCGCAA